AUGCCGAAACCGUCGGAGGAAAGUUACGGCUCGCUCGGAAAGCCGGAUUCAUCCCUGGACGAUGAUUUCGAGCUGGACGAGCUGGCCGUAUCGCGGAAGCCACAUUUUCUCGACUACGACAACAAACCACCGGCGGAGCUGGUCGAGCAGCACCAUUGUUGGAAUGGAGCCGGUAAGGAAGAGGAGAUGGUGGUUGGGGAGGAGAAGAAGCAAGAGGAGGACGUGCCGUUCGGCACAGCGGUGUGUGAACAUUCGUUCCUUUACCAGCGUACACCGGUGGCACCAGAAGGAACGGCCACCAUACCGAUCAUGAAUGUAUCGUACGAUGUAACUACAGCAACUGUCACCACACUAAACAUCCUGCCGGCCAAGAAACAGGGUGGCGUGGUAAACGGUACACGAGGCGGAGGUGGUACCUGGCCACUAAAAGAACGGCCCGUAGCAAUGUCACCACGACGGCAACAGCAACAAGAGCAACAACCCCAGCAGCAACAUCAUUCGCUGAAUCGGGGCGAGUUGGGUGAGGUUGGUCCGAAGAUGGAGUGUGUCUACUCGUUACUGUCCAUGCUCGGGUCGACGAACGUGCUCGAGAUGUCCUGUAAGUUUCUAGAGCUGUCACGUAACGAGGAAAAGUGUUCCGCACUGCGCCGUUCCGGCUGUGUCCCACUGCUGGUGCACAUCAUACACAACGAACCGAACGAGGUGGCACGCCGGAACGCGCGCCAUGCACUGGUGAAUGUGGUUCGAUGCAAUGUGGACGAAGGAUCGGCUCGGCGGGAGCUCAAAGUGCUCCGACUGAUCGAUCAGCUAAUCGACUAUACCGACUUGCUGAAGGAGCAAACGCGCGAAAACGGUCGCCCGGAAGUGGAAGACACGGUACUGCUGGAAAAGGAACCGCCGGUCGGAAGCGGAUCAACGACGGCACCGGAUCCGGAACGUCAUCCGAUACAGGCGAUAGGGACGCUUGCUAAGAUAAGUUACGACGAGGAGCACCGGCACGCCAUGUGUCAGUUCGGUGCGCUGCAAACGAUCGCUUCCCUCAUCCAGCUGGACCAUCACGCGCACGGUAGCGCAACACCCGAUGCGCUGAAAUGCGUGGAGAUGCGCCGGUACGCCAGCAUGGUACUGACCAACCUUACGUUCGGGCAAGGCAACAAUAAAGCACUGCUGUGUUCGAACCGCGAGUUUAUGCGGUCGCUGGUGUCGCAGCUUAGCUGCACCGAGCUGGUACAGGUGACCGCGUCCGUGCUGCGCAAUCUAUCCUGGCGCGCGGACGCCAUCACGAAGCAGACGCUGGUCGAGAUCGAAACGGUAACGCUGCUGAUGGAGGCGGCCAUGCGCUGCACGGUGGAAAACACGCUCAAAUCGAUCCUGUCCGCGCUCUGGAACUUGUCCAACCAUUGCGCACAGAAUCGGGCCAAAGUUUGUGAGGUUACCGGUGCGCUUGAGUUUCUGAUCGAUCUGCUCACGUACGAAGCGCCGAGCAAGACGUGGAGCAUUGUGGAGAACGCGGGCGGCAUACUGCGCAACGUCUCUAGUCAUAUCGCACAGUGCGAACAGUUUCGACGGGUACUGCGGGAGAAGCAGUGCCUGAAGUUGCUGCUCGAUCAGCUCAAAUCGCCCAGUCUGACGGUGGUGAGCAAUGCGUGCGGUACGCUUGGGAACCUGUCGAGCGAGAACGAUGACGAUCAGCGUUUCCUCCGGGAGCACGGUGCAAUACCGAUGCUGCGUUCGCUCAUCUACAGCAAGCACAACAUCAUCUCGAACGGAUCGCGGCUGGCGUUGAAGAAUCUUCAGCAGCAGCAGCAGCAGCAGUCGCAGCGUCCACCGGUAGCACCCGCGACGAACCUUCACGAGACGCACCCGGAUGCACCGGGAUGGAACGGGAAGGUGGAUGGUGUGAUAGUCCAACCCGGCAAGGGUGGCGGUGGAUUGCCGGGGUUGAAUGUAAGGAAGCAACGUGCCAUGGAGCAGGAGCUGGGUUGUGCUUUUUAUCGGAAGCAAACCGACACAGCGCAGGAGACGGUUGGUGAGGAGGUGAACACGGUGGGGGACGGUGGGUCGUCACCGGAUCGCGACCCGGAGCCGGAAACGCCCAUCAACUAUGGUUUAUCGGAGGAACGUUUGCAUCAGCACUCGUACGAUUACCAGGUAACGGACAUUGAUCAGCUGACGGACUAUUCGCUGAGGUACGCCGAAAAUCAGUCCGACUCGGAAGAGGAGGACGAGGAGGAAAAGGACGAUGAAAGGGGGGUGACGUAUCGGCGGCGAGCGAGCGGAACCGGCGAUCCGUCGGUGAACGUACUGAUGCCGGAAGAUUCGGUGAAAUGUUAUUACACCGAGGGUACGCCUCAGAUAAUCUCAAGCGCCACCUCGAUGAGUGAUCUGCGUGCGGUUGUGUCGGGAUCGCAGAUGAAACCGGUGGAGGCGGAAUCGGCUGCCACGACGGUGGUCGUCGUGGCAUCCGACGAAGGUAUGGUGGGGGUGCCGGUGAUCAAGUCGAACCCGAUCCCGAUCGGACGCGGGCUGGCCGUUGGUGACGAUAUGGGCUGCAACACGCCGGACAAACCGUACAACUACUGCGAGGAAGGCACGCCAGACUUUAGCCGCGAGGCAUCGCUCAGUAUAAUCGAUUUGUCGCACCAUCCGGACGAACGUAGGGCCGACGAGAAGCAACAGCAUCAGCAACGUGAGCUCGAUAAGCAUCAGCAGCAGCAGCAGCAGCAGCAGCAGCAGCACACGAAACUACCCACCCCAACGGCAGUAGUUGUCGGCGAUCCGAACGGAAGCAUUUCUGGUCCGGUGGGGAAAUCGGUUUCGUUUCUCAAUACCGGUGGUGCCGACGAAACGCCGCUAAUGUUUUCUCGCACCAGCUCGAUGGGUUCGUUAUCGAGCGCUGAGCCGGCCUGCACCGACGACAAGAGCUCGAUCGUGAGCGAGUUUAGCCGGAUGGCGUCCGGUGUGAUGUCACCGUCCGAGCUGCCCGAUUCGCCGACCCAAACGAUCCCACAUUCACCGCAUCCGCAGCCAAAGCGACCGAUGCUGGCGAAGACACUGCCGCCGGACGAGAACGGAGAGGGCCGCACCAGGGACUGUGGGAAUGGUCGUGUCGGGGGCGAUGAUGGUGUGGGUGCGUUCGCGGAUACGGUCAGCAAGUUUAACGUCGAACACACGCCGGCACAGUUUUCGUGCGCCACAAGCCUCAGCAACCUUAGCCUGGAGGAGAAGGACGAAAUAAAGCAGGAGGUGGAACAGCAGCAACAUCAUCACGGGUUGUUGGAGACUCGAAUGGAGGACACCGAUGGUGUACCAUCGCAACCACCAGUGCUGCCCAAUCCGGCGGAUGUACUGCUCGGUAUGAUGAACGGCACGACAAACGCCACUACCACUGACGAGGGUCACGCAUCCGAUGUGGACUCAGAUGCGGGUGGCGGUGAGGAUGACGAACUGCUCGCAUCGUGUAUCAGUAUUGGCAUGAACAGUGUCGCUGCGCGCAGUGUUGCCAAACAGCAAAGCUCGUUCCAGGCGGGUUCGUUGCAGUCACUCAGGUAUCGGGAUGGUAACGAGGCGGGAAACGAUUCGGACGACAGCUCCAACCUCUCCGACAGCAAUGACCUGCUGGAGGAGUGCAUCUUGAGCGGUAUGCCAAAGCCGAAACAGCAGUCCCAUCCGCUGAUGCCACCGGGCGGGCCCGUGGUGAAGGAGAACCCGUUCAAAAUGAUGCGCACAAACCAUACGAUGGUGGCACCGGCAAACGAUGAGCUGAACCCGUUCCACAUUGAGGAUAGCCCGUGCAAUUUCUCCACCAUCUCAGCACUGUCCGAGCUGACGAUGGCAUCCGACACGAAUGCAACCUCGAUGCACGACAAAUCUCUCGAAAGCAUCGACCGUGAGCUGAUUGAUUCCCUGGUGAAGGAUGGCUUUCCGAAGAAGCGGGAGCUGGUGGUCAGUUCACCGUCGAUCGAGUCCGAAACGGACGAUCAUUUGCUGGACGAAGCAAUUGCAGCCGGUAUCACUGGGAAAGUGCAGCAGGCUCGUGGCAACGGUACCGAUGGUACGAAGCAACCGAAGAAGGAUACGUUCGGGCGUCAUGAGGCAACGACGAGCGGUGGCUGGAUGUCACCACCACAGGCGCAACCAACCAAUGACGAUAGCCUGCCGGAUGAUCUUGACGAUUCGGAGCAGGAGGAAGACUACCAGCUGCUGGUGGAAUGUAUUCAGAAGGGUAUGCGUCCGGUCGGUCCCGCAAAGGGUGGUGCACCGUUGGUCACAAACUAUCACGACGGUGAGGAGCAGUUGUCACUAACGGUGGGUGGUAUGAUGCAGCGCUCGAACCACACCAACCCGACCAAGCAAACGUCUCAUCCAAAAAACGUGCAAACUACGCCUGCGAUGUCGAAGGGUGUCGGUGCCUUCGAAGUGUCGCCAGGCGUAGGAAGCAAACAAAGCUGCUUACCAUCGGUCCGGUCAAUCAACGGUGGCCGGCGGCAGCGAGCCCCGGAAGCGAAACCGUCACCGGCGGCCCGUUCCCAAACGGAUAUGUCCGACAGCACCGACACACCCAUUUACUUCAGCCUGCCGUCAUCGGCGUCGAACACGGCCGACAGCAUCAUCGGGGUGGCACCGUCCGGCACGAUCACCGGGGCCGACAUGCGACGGGACCACGAGCGAACAGUGGCGGGGGAGGUGACCAUGUCUUCCGCCCGCACAGUCCUGAUUGGGUCUGAAAAGGAUCGGCCGGUAGGCGAGACGGCUGUAGGCGAACUCCCCAUCGAUGGUGGUUCCUGUGCGAAACACAAAAACCCGGAACGAAUGCUCCAGUCGGUUGAACGGCUUACGCAGGAGCUUGUGGCGCAGGUGGAAGAACGUCACGGGCGCACGGAACCGACCGAGAGUGGCAGAAGUGAGAGCGUUGCGACGUCUGAUUCGGCCGCAUUAGAGUUCAAGAUAGGCGAGGUGGUGACGAACAAUCAGAGUAGUUCUGGUGUGGGGUUGAACGGUUAUCUUCCGGAUAAUGCGCGGGUGGUUGAUCUGGAGGAAGGUAAUCUAGAGUGCGAAGAACCACCAUCCAUCCUGUACAAGCUGUCUAUGUCGUAUGUGCACCACGAUGUCGCUGGGCCCGGUACACACGAUUGCACUUCGCUCGCACCGAUAGAGGAGCAAACGGAUCGGGUAAAGCCCGUACGCGUGCCUUCGAACCCUGGUACGCCGAGAAUUCAAAAAAUGCAACGCGAGUCCACCAUUACCAAGGAAAUAGAUGAGGGCAAGAGUAAACCUCUUAGAGCAUCACCAGCUAAAAGCUUGAAGAAAGAGACUGAUCAGACUACAUCUAUGAAACCGGUCGUGGAAAGCGUUACAAAGGUUGUGCGCAGUCGGCAAGCUAUGACGAAGGUUGUCAUUGCAACCGGUAAAGCUAACACGAAGCCAUCACCGGGCAGCCCUGUACAUCGGCCGACGGGGAAAACGAUCUUGCCAGUGCAUUCGCAACGUGCGAGCCCGAACGUGACGGGCGCGACGAAAAAGCACCGACCGGAAGCAACGGCUCCGAGGACCCAAACGAUCAAACCGGCGGCUGGUAUCGCACGACAGGAUACGUUCGUGCUGGAUAAACCGACCCUCACGGUGCACGUUCCGAAGCCCAUGCCAAAGGCGGGUUCCACUGCGACCGAGCAACCGGGAACGGACAUUAAAAGUAACUCAACUGCUUCCAAAAUUCCUUUACCAAAGGGUGAAAAAAUUAGCAAACCGUCGAGCCGUAUCCCGCCACCGAAGCGGACACUCGCUGGCAAGCAGUCGUCCAAGUUCGGUGCGCAGAAAUCCCCCCCGGUCGGUGGCGUACUACGGAAGUAGAUGUGAGUUUUCUUUCGCAUUACAUUGAGGGUGUGUGGUGAAGGCAACCCAACCUACGUAACUCGUGUUAAGGGUAGCAAUUUAAACAUAUACUUUACUAACAAAACAUUAUCGCAAUGCUUAAUCGUUCAGCUUGUUGUGUAUGGUUUAAUUGUACGAGUGUACCAUGAUAGUUAGCCUUCGCUCUUUCCAGUUGAGAUUAGAUUAUCCCACAGAUUACGGAUGUCCAUUUAUUUAAGACGUACGUCAGACAAUUAUACAAAGCGCCCGAAAGAGUGGCGAAAAAUAGAGAUUUAAAAUGAUUUAAAACAUAUUCAUACUUAUAGCGACACAAUCUA